CCAAUUUCCAUUUCCUUCCCCAAUCAUUUACUUGGCAAUCGGGAGUUAUAUUUCCCCAUUCCUCUCCCUCUAACCCCAUGUGGGGUCUGCCUCUUAACCAUAGAUUAGAACCAGGGUUUAAAAAACAUAAGUGGUUAAGAAGCACAACCACAUAACCCAGAUUUCUAUUAUCAACAGUCAUCCCCCUCAACACCCGUCAUCUCCUUCUUCCCCCUUCUCUUCCCCCUUCCUCUUCUUCUUAGCUUCGCAACUUCCAUUACUUCAAUUUCCGCGGAUAUCACGAUAUUGCCUCUCCCACCAACUGUCACAUAGAUUCCUAACCUCCACAAAAGCCUAACCCUAAUCACCCCUUAAACCCAAGGAUUGAUUUUCCUUUUCAUGACCCUAGAUGUUUGAGCCAUGGACUUGAGCUCCGCACCGGUCACCAACAUCGCCGCCUCCAAUUCUACCGCUGCGAAAUCUCCGGAACCUGACACUGAAAUUCCGACCCGGAUCCAACCCGCCCCCUCCAAGUCCUUCUUCUCCAACGGCGUCCUCAAGCGCCACCAUGCACACCACAAACAGCCCGUUGCGGCCAUCUACAAAGAAUGCUUGAAAAACCAUGCAGCCAGCUUGGGAGGCCACGCGCUCGACGGUUGUGGCGAAUUCAUGCCUUCUCCUAACGCCAAUUCUGCCGACCCCAGCUCCAUCAAAUGCGCCGCCUGCGGUUGUCACCGCAAUUUCCAUCGCCGCGAACCCGAGGAGCCCACUGCGACCCACGUUAUCGAGUUUCAGCCCCACCAUCGGCACCACCCUCCGCCACCCCCGCCGUUUCAGGCUCCGAAUCGGAGCCCCAAUUCAGCUUCCCCGCCCCCGAUCUCUUCUUCCUACUAUCCCUCUGCACCCCACAUGCUCCUGGCUCUCUCCGCCGGUUUAUCGGCCCAUCCGGAGAGCACGGCCGCUCCGGUGAAUGCUUUGGGGACGCCGAAUUUGAAUUCGAGGAAGCGAUUCAGGACCAAGUUCACGCAAGAACAGAAGGAUAAAAUGUACCAGUUCGCUGAGAGAGUGGGGUGGAAGAUGCAGAAGAGAGACGACGAAUUGGUGCAAGAGUUCUGCCACGAGGUCGGGGUGGAUAGAGGUGUUUUGAAGGUUUGGAUGCAUAAUAAUAAGAAUACUUUUGGGAAGAAAGAUGCGACGAAUGGGAAUAGAAAUGCUCUCGAGCUAGACGAGAACAACAAUCACAACCAUGAAAUCGACGCCAACAAUAACAACAACGGCAGCGCCCAGGGUCCAAAUCAUCACUACCAGAACGAUAGUGGGGCGAACGCCGGUGCUAAUGGGUCGUCUUCAUCUUCUUAAACUUGGGUGGAGAAUAAGAAGGAAAAUAAUAUAUUAGUUAAGAGUAAGCUGGUGCCAGUUAAUUAGUCGUUUCUUUCUCUUUUUUCUUUUUUUUUCCCUAGCUUUUAUUAAUGAGAUUAUGAAUCACCUCAAGGAUAAUUAACAUGAGUGAGAUCUAUAUCCCGAGGGAAUUUAUUUUCUGGGUUUCUAUUAUUUUGCUGCUCAUCAAAUGCUUCCUAUGAAAAUCGGUAGAUUUUAGUUCUGACUUUCGACCCCUUUGCACGUUCUUGCCCAGUUUUGGGUGGGGUUUGCUUGGGGGGCUUUUGGACACUGAACUUAGGAGUUCUUUCUCAUUUCUUCUUGUAGUACUGUUCUAGUGGGAAAAAAUAGAGAAUCUGAUAAUCUUAUACGUAUCC